UCUCUUUCUCUCUCUCUGUGUGUGUGUCUGCAGCAGAUCUAUGUGUCCUCCUCCCAGCAGAUGGCGCCACCCAGUCCCAGCACGAACAGCAGCAGUAACAGCAGCAGUGGAGGAGGGGAGCAGCUGAGCAAAACCAACCUGUACAUCCGCGGGCUGCACCCGGGCACCACCGAUCAGGACCUGGUGAAGCUGUGCCAGCCAUAUGGAAAAAUCGUUUCUACAAAGGCCAUCCUGGAUAAGACUACCAACAAAUGCAAAGGUUAUGGGUUUGUGGAUUUCGACAGCCCUGCAGCUGCCCAGAAAGCUGUGGCUGCUUUGAAAUCCAGUGGAGUUCAGGCUCAGAUGGCCAAGCAACAGGAGCAGGACCCCACUAACCUGUACAUCUCUAACCUGCCCGUGUCGAUGGACGAGCAGGAGCUGGAGGGCAUGCUGAAGCCCUUCGGACAGGUCAUCUCCACCCGCAUCCUGCGCGAUGCCAACGGGACCAGCCGUGGAGUGGGCUUCGCCAGGAUGGAGUCGACAGAAAAGUGCGAAGCCAUCAUCCAGCAUUUUAACGGAAAAUACAUAAAGACACCACCGGGGGUACCAGUUCCCUCGGAACCCUUGUUGUGUAAGUUUGCCGACGGAGGGCAGAAGAAGCGACAGAAUCAAGGAAAGUAUCUCCAGAACGGGAGGGCCUGGUCCAGGGACGGGGAGACGGGAGGAAUGACACUAACGUACGACCCAACUACAGCCUUACCAAACGGGUUCUAUUCUUCUCCCUACAGUAUUGGUCCGAACAGGAUGAUCGCACAGACCUCCAUCUCCCCCUACCUCCACUCACCGGUCUCUUCCUACCAGGUCCACAGCCCCUCCUGGAUGCAUCACCAGUCAUACCUCAUGCAGCCUGCUGGCACAGUACUGGCUCCCACCAUGGAUCACACCAUGUCCAUCCAGCCCACCUCCAUGAUGGGACCCCUGGCGCAGCAGCUCAGCCACCUCUCGCUGGGCAGCACUGGCACCUACAUGCCUGCCACCACGACUAUGCAAGGGACCUACAUCCCGCAGUACACAACAGUGCCUCCUUCCAGCGUCACAGUCGAGGAAAGCAGCAAUCAGCAACAGUCGCAGGUUGCCAUAGAGACGCCUUCUGAACACACUACCUACGCCUACCAGCACAGCAAGUGAACCCAAGCAGAGGACAGAUUUGUUCAGCAAGCAAAUUCAAAUAGAAACACAAACAGGAACACAGACUGCCAGCGCUGGGGAAAAAAAAAAGUUUCUUCAGGACAGAACUUGAGAGCAACAGUUUUUUUUUUUUUUUCUUUUGAAAAGAAAACACUUGUGUCGUCGCAGACUUUUCUUAAGUCGAACAACCAAAGUUGGGAGAAUUUCUGUGAAGGAGAUAUCUAUUUUAAUAACAGGAAAAAAAAAAUAGAACGAUUUAAAACAACAAAAAAAAUAGAAAAAAAAAAAAAAAAAAAAAAAAAAAAACGUUAUUUUUGUGCACGUAACAUAACAAAAUUGUUAUUUUUUAAAACGUUCUGGAGAUGUCCGGGUUGAGGAAAGGAAAUGAGUUAAAAUAGUCUUUUUUUUUUUUUGGCUUGGUUUUUCUAAAAAGAAAAAAAGAGUUUUUUGUGUGUAAAAAUAUGCAAUCUGUUUCGUUUUUUUGGUUGUUUUUUUUUUUUUUUUUUUUUGACAUUUUAUUAGCUGCGUUUAGAGAAUUUUGUACAGAUUCAAACCGUGUGAUCAGUGCAUUUGUCCAAUUGUGCGAUGUUGUAGAUUUAAUCGUUUUUUUAAUUGUUCUUUUUAAAAUAAAGAAAAAAAAUACAAAAAAAAAAAAAAAAAAAACAACACACACAGUGUAAAGUAACUUCUUUAUAAUCUGUUCCCAUCAAAAUGAUGUAGGUGUGCCCUACACAUUUCAGAGAAUACAGUGCAAGCAAUAAUAGGGCUGGAUUAUAUUAGAAAGGGAAUGUUUUAAGGCAUUUGAAUUUGGUUGGCCACAUUUUUGCAAUUUCUCCCACUCAAAA